AUGUAUAUUCGUCGUUUUGAAGAAUUAAAUUAUUUUAAAAAACCAUUAACAAUUCAUGAAUCUGAACAGACAAUAAUUCAACGAAGACGACACUAUAGAAAAAUUCUUCGUUCAAAUUAUAAUCAUAUUGAUGAUUUAAAAUUAGCAUUUAGUGAACUUUAUUUAUUAUUAGUACUCUUACAAAAUUAUCAAACAUUAAAUUAUAUGGGUUUUAAAAAAAUUUUAACUAAACAUGAUAAAUUAUUUCAUAGAUUAAAUGGAAUUGAAUGGUUUAAAACAAAUAUUGAUUCAUCACCAUUUGUUAGCAAUCAACAAGUAUCAAGUUUAAUUGAUGAAGUUGAAA